AUGGUGAAAACAUUCCACGUCAGAGAAUCGACUAUCUCCCAAAUGCAGUACAUUCGGAUGGAUGAGCUAACAAAGCUUAUAUCAAAAGUUGGUUUUCUAUCAACAACUAUUCUAGGAAUGUUGUUCGUCUGUUUAACAGUUUGUUUUGUGAAACGGGAUUUUGGUUCUUAUCGGAAUUUAUUGAUUGUAUUCUCAUUUCUUGGUUUCUUAUUCUCCGCAUCUGAGUAUAUGAUUCAUCCGAUGAUUCACAGCUACAACUCUGGUUUCGUCUUCUUCACAGAACCCCACCUAUCGCUAGUUUCAAACGAAAUCAUGAAAAUCGGAUUGGUGUUCUUCUGUGGGAUAUACGGAUCAACAAUUUGUUUCAUAUCCGUUCAGUUUUUGUACAGAUACUGGGCGCUUUUUGACGCUCCAAAGUUGAUAUGGUUCGAAGGUUGGAUGAUGUCGGCGUGGCUUAUCUACAGCUUUGGAAUAGGUGCCACAUGGUCCAUUGGAAUUCAUUAUUUCUUGGAGAAUGAUAACUUCACGCUGAACUACUUUGAGAAUGGGGUUUAUGAUCACUACGGAUGGAAAUUGUCGGCGAUUCCAAGUUUUACAUUCGUAAUUUACACUGAGAGAGGAGCAAUCCGCUGGAGGAACUUGGCAUGUACAAUUGAGAUGACAAUGAUUAUUGGACUUCAAUACUCAAUUAUUUGCUUUUGUGGCAGAAAAAUGAGCGUUGGCAUGAAAGAGAAAAUUUCAAUGCUGUCGGAGACAAGUAAACGACUGCAUACUCAGUUCUUCAAGGCGUUGAUUCUCCAGAUCGUAGUCCCGACAAUUCUCCUAUUCUUCCCAAUGAUCAUCAUAAUCUACCUGCCAGUUUUCAAUCUCAAAUUCAGUUUUCCCACCGGGAUCCUGUUCAGCGCAUUCGCAAUCUACCCAUCAAUAGAUAUCGCCAUAAUUUUGUACAUUGUCUCGGAUUAUCGAAUUGCUAUCAAGUUACUUUUAAAAUCAAUCAAAUCCGUGUUACUAUCUUCAAGCUACUUUCCGCAUGAACUUUCCCUCCCAACGUGCACUCCUCAAACUCCUCUCCCAAGAGGGACGGCACGCAUCUAAUGGGGUUAUUCAAUAAUGCCGAGAAAUGUCGUGAAAUGCAUUGAAACACAUUGUGCGACAUUUUGCGACAUUACUUGAAUAACCCCAUAAGUUACCGUAGUCCCUUUCUUAGAAUCGGAUUUUUAAAUAAACUGUUCCAGU